AUUUAAGCCGGUACUUUAAUGUUACUCAUAUUAUUCUGUUUCUCCCUCUUACUCCAUAUUAUUCCUUGUUACUCCCUCUUACUCCAUAUUAUUCUAUGUUACUCCCUCUUACUCCAUAUUAUUCUAUGUUACCUUCUCUUACUCCAUAUUAUUCUGUUACCUUUUCUUACUCCAUAUUAUUCUAUGUUACCUUCUCUUAAUCCAUAUUAUUCUAUGUUACCUUCUCUUACUCCAUAUUAUUCUGUUACCUUCUCUUACUCCACGUGAGAAAACGCUGUAAACUUACAAUGAAUAUAACGACAUGUUAAACAUUGCUGACAUCCUUCAACGUUCCAAGCAACCAACAGCUCCGACAAGUUAGCAUUCAAAGACAUGUUUUAUUUUUUUUUACUCCAAGUAAAUUUUCUAGAGAAUUAUUCAUAGUAAGAAUGAGUAUUAAUAUAGAGAAUAUUUAAUAGUAUGAAUGAGUGUUUAACUAGAGAAUAUUUCACACUAUGAAUGAAUGUUGAUGGUCACUGUGAUUGCCAAAUGAUUGUGACCAAUACAAGUAAUGUUUUCUUUUCCAGCCGACCAUGUCACGUUCAUUCCAAAUAGUUUUUGCCUGUCUCCUCGCCGUGGCACUUGCCCAACGUGAUCCUGAUGACAGGGAAGUAGGUAAGUAACAACUCGUAAUCAAAUGUAGCACUGUAGCUACGUAGCACUGUUGAACUUAUAUUAUACUUCCACAUCCGUCAUAGUGAAACCUCGUCCACUUUCAAAAAGUCCCUUAAAACCCAUCUGUUUAGGUCCGCCUAUGACCUGUGAUGCAUCCUCCUUGCCCUGCCUCAUUUUCUGUCUCUGGUUGAUCCUGUAGUAUAGGCCAAAACGUGCCAAACUGUACUCGUUUUUAUAGCCAUUUUCAUUGUUUCUAUAGUAUAGUAGUUACUAUCCUAAUGUCUCAUUUUUAUUUUACUUAGUUUACAUGUUUUUAAUAAUUGUAAUGCGCUUAGAGCUUUAAGGUAAGCGUUAUAUAAAAAUGCCUAAAUAAAUACUGUAUGUUUAAUGACGUUAUAAGUACACAAAUUACCGUUCAAUAUGUAACAUAUAGGCGAGUGCUUCAAUUGGAAUAAACUGAAAAUGGCUUCCGUGACACACACCCAAACAGUCUAUUUUUGUCUAUCUUCCUUUCUAUGUAUAAAUCAGUCUGACUAAGUUAAUCUGUAUGUCUAUAUUGGUGGCUGUCUAUUCCAAUCAUCCACUUCGUAUGAUUCUUCUUGUCUAAUCAAACCAUCCACUUCACAUGCUUCUACUUGUCUCAUCCAACCAUCCACUUUGUAUGCGUCUUCUUGUCUAAUCCAACCAUCUACUUCACAUACUUGUCUCAUCUAACCAUCCACUCCAGAUGCUUCUACUUGUCUCAUCCAACCAUCCACUUUGUAUGCGUCUUCUUGUCUAAUCCAACCAUCUACUUCACAUACUUGUCUCAUCCAACCAUCCACUCCACGUGCUUCUACUUGUCUCAUCCAACCAUCCACUCCACGUGCUUCUACUUGUCUCAUCCAACCAUCCACUCAACGUGCUUCUACUUGUCUCAUCCAACCAUCCACUUUGUAUGCUUCUACUUGUCUCAUCCAACCAUCUAUUCUCUAGACAAAUGUGACCGUAAGAUCGACAUCGCCAUCAUCGGUGCUGGUGUCUCCGGCACAUACGCCGCCUACCACCUGAGAAACGCCAGCAAGACCAUCGAAAUCUUCGAGCAAAGCGACCGCAUUGGUGGCCGCCACUACACCACCUACCUGGAGGGCGUCGCCGUUGACCUGGGCGCCAUGAUGUACAGUGCCGACAAACACUUCAGAAUGGCGGAACUUGUAGAGGAACUCGGUGGGUACAACACAUAAGUGUCUAGACGAACUCGGUGGGUACAACACAUUAGUGUCUAGACAAAGUUGCUGGGUACAACACAUUAGUGUCUAGUCAAAGUUGGUGGGUAAACACAUUAGUGUCUAGACAAAGUUGGUGGGUACAACACAUUAGUGUCUAGACAAAGUUGGAGGGUACAACACAUUAGUGUCUAGUCAAAGUUUGUGGGUACAACACAUUAGUGUCUAGACAAGGUUGGUGGGUACAACACAUUAGUGUCUAGACAAGGUUGGUGGGUACAACACAUUAGUGUCUAGACAAAGUUGGAGGGUACAACACAUUAGUGUCUAGACAAAGUUGGAGGGUACAACACAUUAGUAUCUAGUCAAAGUUUGUGGGUACAACACAUUAGUGUCUAGACAAGGUCGGUGGGUACAACACAUUAGUGUCUAGACAAGGUUGGUGGGUACAACACAUUAGUGUCUAGACAAGUUUGGUGGGUACAACACAUUAGUGUCUAGACAAGGUUGGUGGGUACAACACAUUAGUGUCUAGACAAGGUUGGUGGGUACAACACAUUAGUGUCUAGACAAAGUUGGAGGGUACAACACAUUAGUGUCUAGUCAAAGUUUGUGGGUACAACACAUUAGUGUCUAGACAAAGUUGGUGGGUACAACACAUUAGUGUCUAGACAAAGUUGGUGGGACCAACACAUUAGUGCCUAGACAAAUUUGACAGUGCUGACUCUUAAAUUAUAGUCUAGCCAAAGUUGAUAACUAAGUUUACUCUGAAAUUAGUUUCUAGAGAUAUGGAUCAAAACGUGUCUUUGGAAGUGGAUUCAAUUAAAAUUGCUCAUGUGCGGUUGGACAAGUGUCGGUGCUAUCACAAAGCUCUUCGGUUUAAAUAAAAUGUUACAUCAACAUGUCGGGCGACAACACUAUUUUCAUAAUUAUGAUAGAGAAUUAUUUAAAACUAGUCAGAGCUCGCCAGAUAUUGGUGACAGCAAUGCAUGAACUUCCUCCCAUCCACUAAAGUUACUUGACGAAACAUGAACACAAGUGACGCACAUUUAUGAAUCCAAAUUUUUGCUAGGGUUGAGGGGGGGUAGCGUUGAUUGAGCUGAACCUUUUACUCAAUUAUUCCCUUUUCUUUAAAUGAUUGAGUUUCUUGUGAUUGUUUAAGAGCUCACCCAAGAGGAGUUCAAGCAUGCAUUCGGUAAGCCCGAAGAGAAGCUGUACUACAUGAGAGAACAGAAUCUAAACCAGAAUGACAUCAAGAAUGGCAAUGUGCCCUACUCUCUCACACCUGAGGAGAAAAGGAACUCUGGCCGCUUCGUCAGGUACACAGAUCUUUCUGGCCCAGUCUAUGGCAGGGGUUCUCAACCUCCCUAAUGCCGCGACCCCUUAAUACUGUUCCUCAUGUUGUGGUGACCCACCCACCCCCCUCAGACCCAACCUAAGAUUAUUUUCAUUGCUACGUCAUAAAUAUGUGUUUUCCGAUGGUCUUAGGCGACCCCUGUGUAAGGGUCGUUCGACCCCCCCCACCUGAUCACAGACCACAGGUUGAGAACCGCUAGCCUAAAGGAUUCGUUCCCUUGUCUACCACUACAGCCGUUGCGCGGGGUAGCAAACCUUUGUGUCUGUUGGCGGCCAUUAUUGCAAUAAUCCGAUUGCAUUUCCUUAUUUCGGUUGAUAUUUCUUUUUACAAUAUUUUUUUUUUACAUAAUCUUAAAUUGUCAUCCAUAAAGAUGAUCUCCUACUCUCCACCCCCGUGUCAUCCAUAAAGAUGAUCUCCUCCUCUCCACCCCCGUGUCAUCCAUAAAGAUGAUCUCCUACUCUCCACCCCCGUGUCAUCCAUAAAGAUGAUCUCCUACUCUCCACCGCCAAACCCACAUUAUUUUUAACAAGAAGUCUAUACAGAUAUAUAUAUAUAUAUAUAUAUAUAUAUAUAUAUAUAUAUAUAUAUAUAUAUAUAUAUAUAUAUAUAUGUAUACACAUUAUUUUUAACAAAAAGUCUAUAUAUAUAUAUAUAUAUAUAUAUAUAUAUAUAUAUAUAUAUAUAUAUAUAUAUAUAUAUAUACAUAUAUAUAUGUAUUUAAGAAUAAACCCGUAUGGCAUGGUUGCUCUAAGUAACUCAAGUAUAAAUUAUCACAUUCCCAAUUUGGGGGUGGGGCGAGAGAAGGUGGAUGUAUAAAUAGAGUUUUCCUUCUUAUAGAAAAAAAAAUAAGAUAAGGUUCCCCUCUAUAACAUUGUAUGCAGGGGCGUAGCUGGGCUAAUAUCCCCAGAAAGAGAUUUUUUAACCCCCACCCGAUGAAAAAACUGCAUUUGGCCGAAAUUCUUUUGACUAAAUUCACAAAGGGGCUCCCGGUUGGGACACCCCACGCUACAUCAGGGAUUGUUCUUGCUCCCCUACCCCAGUCAUAAUAUGCCCCCCCCCUUGUCUUGUAACCCUCGGUGUUAUCUUGCCCACACGCAGGUACGUUCUGGAGAAACUCACAGGCUACAAGGAGGAUGACUUCCCCAGAGAAGUGCGCCUAACACUCAAGGGACCCAACGAUGUGCCACUGUACAAAUACACGUGAGUGGAGCAUUGGCGUGAUAGGCCUGUUGUACCGUGACACUCUAAGGUCACUCUAAAUAAGAAGUUUGUACCGUGACACACUAAGGUCACUCUAAAUAAGAAGUUUGUACCGUGACACACUAAGGUCACUCUAAAUAAGAAGUUUGUACCGUGACACACUAAGGUCACUCUAAAUAAGAAGUUUGUAUCGUGACACUCUAAGGUCACUCUAAAUAAGAAGUUUGUAUCGUGACACUCUAAGGUCACUCUAAAUAAGAAGUUUGUAUCGUGACACUCUAAGGUCACUCUAAAAAAGAAGUUUGUACCGUGACACUCUAAGGUCACUCUAAAUAAGAAGUUUGUACCGUGACACUCUAAGGUCACUCUAAAUAAGAAGUUUGUACCGUGACACUCUAAGGUCACUCUAAAUAAGAAGUUUGUACCGUGACACUCUAAGGUCACUCUGAAUAAGAAGUUUGUACCGUGACACUCUAAGGUCACUCUAAAUAAGAAGUUUGUACCGUGACACUCUAAGGUCACUCUAAAUAAGAAGUUUGUACCGUGACACACUAAGGUCACUCUAAAUAAGAAGUUUGUAUCAUGACAUUACAUGUCAGUCUAAAUAAAAAUGUUUGUACCAUGAUAUUAAACGCUGGAGUUUUAACCAUGUUGUUACAAAGAAAAUUAACUUAAAAUAUUGACCUAUAUUCUUUAUAACAGGAUAAAGACUCCAUAGAUCUCUUGACCUAUUUUGAUCACAUGUUUAAGACUUCAUUAAUCUCUUAACCUAUUUUCUUGAUCCCAUUUUUAAGCAUCCCAUAAUCUCUUGGUUGGCCUAUCUUCUUGAUCCCAUGUUUCGGCCUCCAUUAUUCUCUUGGUCUAUUUUCUUGAUCCUAUUUUAAAGACUACAUUAAUCUAUUGGCCUAGUAUUUUUUAUCCUAUGUUUAAGACUUCCUUAAUCUCUUGACCUAUUUUCUUGAUCCCAUGUUUCAGCCUCCAUUAAUUUCUUGACCUAUUUUCUUGAUCCAAUGUCUAGCAUCGAUGAAGCCCUUGACGCCGCACAGAUCAGCAAGGAAGGCAAAGAGUUCUUCAAAGCCCUCAUCAAGCUGGACUCUCACCUGUACAAGGAUGCCAACGCCGUCACUGUCUUCAGCAACGAUUUUGAUUAUGACAAGUAAGUCAAUAAAAACAUCUUUAGAAUUUGGUCAAUAAACACAUCUUUAGAAUUUGGUCAAUAAACACAUCUUUAGAAGUUUGGUCAAUAAACACAUCUUUAGAAUUUGGUCAAUAAACACAUCUUUAGAAGUUGGUCAAUAAACACAUCUUUAGAUUAUUUUCUUAAAAACAUUGAUAAUUUUAGGUUAAAAAAAAAUCACGAGAAAUUCUACCUAAAUUUAAGUAUUAAAGUAACUAUUUUUGUUAUUAAAAUAACUGCAUAUUAAUGAAACAUCAUUUUCAACUUCACCAAGGCAAUCUUAGAAUGUGUACUCAUGUAGUUGAUUCUUCUAUGUUUAUAACAGCGAAAACGCCACAAUGUACAGACUCAAGGAAGGUAUGGAGUCUGUCCCCACAAGACUUUCAAGCAAAUUCCUUGAAGCCAGCGAAAAGUAAGUUCUUUAGAGGAAAAGUAAGUUCUUUAAGUUCUUUAGAGGAAAAGUAAGUUCUUUAGAGGAAAAGUAAGUUCUUUAGAGGAAAAGUAAGUUCUUUAGAGGAAAAGUAAGUUCUUUAGAGGAAAAGUAAGCUCUUUAGAGGAAAAGUAAGCUCUUCAGAGUAAAACUAAGUUCUUUAGAGGAAAAGUAAGCUCUUCAGAGUAAAACUAAGUUCUUUAGAGGAAAAGUAAGUUCUUUAGAGGAAAAGUAAGUUCUUUAAACGAAAAAACACUUUUUUGUUUCUUUGUUAGUUCAAGGUCAUGUACUUAAAUUUCUGUCUAGGUAAAACAAUAUUAAAUUAGUAAUUUUGCGUGGGCAUCCUAUCGGUCAAAGAAAUUGGGUCUGCUAUGGAAUAUCAUCUAUCUAGUAAUUGUAUAAUAUCAUCUAUCUAGUAUUUGUAUAAUAUCAUCUAUCUAGUAAUUGUAUAAUAUCAUCUAUCUAGUAAUUGUAUAAUAUCAUCUAUCUAGUAAUUGUAUAAUAUCAUCUAUCUAGUAAUUGUAUAAUAUCAUCUAUCUAGUAAUUGUAUAAUAUCAUCUAUCUAGUAAUUGUAUAAUAUCAUCUAUCUAGUAAUUGUAUAAUAUCAUCUAUCUAGUAAUUGUAUAAUAUCAUCUAUCUAGUAAUUGUAUAAUAUCAUCUAUCUAGUAAUUGUAUAAUAUCAUCUAUCUAGUAUUUGCAUCAUAGCAUAAUCUAGUGAUUGUAUCAUAACAUCUAGCUAAGAAUUGUGACAUACGCUCUAGCUAGUAAUAUACUUUGGUUAGUAAAAUUACCUUGCAGAAUAAGAUUAUGAUCGGUGGAAAUGAUUAAGAAGUUUACACAUUCCUUCAAUACAAUAAGAUUAACAUUAGUUCUACUGUCCACACUGGUAUUUAGAUAUUCUGACGUCAUCUUUGUCUAAAUAUUUUAUUGGCACAACCAGAUUCCAAACUGUUUCUUUCAAAUUAGAAAUGAUUUAAAUGGUAUUAUAGAAAUCAGUAUAAUAUACUUAGAACAUUGCACCUUUGGCUUUGCUUUGUAUGGAGCAGUUUAUCUGAGUAUUAGCCAAUCCAAGUGGUAGCUUAUCUAAUUACUCUUGUAUCGUCCAGGCACAACAUCACCCUGAACAGGAAGCUCUACUCCAUUCAACGUAUCAAGCGGGUGCCCACCUGGGAGUAUUCUCUUAAGAUGAUCAAGACUAAGACAGGGGAAGAAGAGACAACUGAGACCGUAAGUAUACAAGCAGAGGACAAUCGACACUCCGACCUGGGCAAACCAUUAAAAGAGAAAAUAUAAGAAAAGAUAAGUCUUUCGGUAAAUAAAACAAGACAGACAACUUGGACUCAAGGUAGGAUAAGGGGCGCUCACCCAGAGAACCAAUCAGAAACAUGUUAUACAAUAACAUAAAAAUGACAACGAAAAGUUGUCUUCAAAUAAUUCCAAACGGAACUUAUUUUGACAAUGAAAGAAAUGUUAGAAUAAGAAUAUAGGUCAGUGAAUCUUGAUCAAUUAUUAGCACCGCAACCAUAUUGAUUUCAAAACAUGAUCUGCAUCCCAUCUGGAUUAGGAAACAUAUUUCCCUCAUAUUCCCCCGCCCCAAAUGAUUAAAACAUGCAAACAACGUGAUUUUAUCUCGUUCUCCCCAAGGCUCGCCCACCCCAGGAGUUGCGUGCACUCCUGUAUAGGAACCCUGAAAAAGAUGAUCUUUCAAAUAUCUUCUAGCCCCUUCCAGAUGAUACCCGCCAAUAAUAGCUCAUUAACAUACUACGCAUUCAAUGUUUGUUGUUUGAUAUUUGAUGGCUAUGAUUGAGGUUCUCUUAUUAUGUAACUCGCUCACAGGGUCUGGAGGAAAUCAUCUGCGCCAAGAAAGUCAUCCUUGCCGUCCCCAAGCAGCAGCUGUCCGUUAUCCAAUGGGAACCACUCAAGUAUGUGGCUAGUUAUUUAUAGCUUGCUUGUCUCAGAAAGAAAGGCGCGCAAAGCGAAAAACCUUAUAAAAACUGUAUAACAAUAACAUAGCAUUGUUUUUAUUAUUAAACACCGAAAACUACAACUAUAAAACAUUGUCUUUACCGUACUGAUAUCCCCAAAUCUUAUCGUGGUUUUCCAAAACAAAUAUAAUAUCUCAUUGACCCAUGUCUUCUUACUAUUCAGAUCAGAAUUGGUGUCCAAGGCCAUUGACGCUGUGCGACCAGUUCCCAUCAGCAAGAUCGCCAUGAGUUUCAGCCAGUCCCACUGGCUGACCGGAGCCAACCAGGCCCUGGCCAAGUUCAGCGACGAGAUGCUCGGAAACAUCUACGACCUCGGCAAGUCCAACGACUCGAACAGGUUCGUCCUGCUGGCCAGCUACACUGAGGGAGAGGAUGUUGAACGCCUGGAGGCGCUCAACCAAGAUGAAGAGCACAUGGUCGGGUCCAUAGAGGGAGAGCACUGCGUGUCUAAUGAGCUCAAGGACGAGGUCAUCAGACUUCUGAAGAAAAUUUACGGAGUCAACUUCUCUGACCCCACGAAGGCCGUGUCCAGGUUCUGGAACAAGAGCCCUUUCGAAGGUGGCGUAUCUCAAUGGAGGGCCGGGUAUCACUACGAUGAGGUCAUCAGCAUCCUGCGUCAUCCUUCCCCUAUCGAUGACGUUUACAUCGUGGGCGGAGAUCACGGGUGGGGCAACAGCCAGAGGUGGACAGAGGGGGCCCUCGAGUCCGUGGAGAUGGUGCUUGAGCGCCAUUUUUCUGAUGAGUAAACGAGUCGUAACCAUAGCAACACUACGUCGGGCUGAAGACACAUGAAUAUAAUUUGUAAUGAACAGAGGAGAGUACUAGAAAAUUGCUUUCAAAUCUAAACUUGGCAUAAUUGUUUUGUUUUAAAUGCAGAUAGAUCAUUCCAGCACCACAUAGGCAACACCCAACGAAGUGUUAGUACCAUUUGUAAUGCGUCAUGGGUUGUAUGUUGGCUGGGAUGUUUUGUCAAACGCCAAGAGGGCAACAGUCAAAUAAAAAUUAG